AAACAUAACCCGAAACCAAAACAGGAAAAUGGCUCAACAAAGUGAAAAUUUAGAUUUUUCUGGUUUAUUAAAAUUAGAUGUUUUAGUUCAUCUUGACAUUGUAACUUACAGUUUUUACGAAGUAGGCUUGAAAAAGUUCUUGGCUUUUUCCAGUGACAAGGAAUUGGUAUUCAUUUACAUAGACCCUCAGUCAGAACGAUUUGAUCACAAUUAUGAUUGGGAUUUUCUGGAUAAUCCUAUUUACUGCAUGUGCUUUGAACCAAGCGGAACUUGGUUACUCAUUGUGAGUGAGCAGAAAUUGUUACUUGUGCCAUAUCUUCCUUUAUUUGACUCAAAAAGCAAAUUCGACCUCAAGUGGUCACUUACUGGUGUGACUGUCCUCCCACUAGGGAAUAUACCAAAGCCUUCUUCCGUAGUAUGGUGGUUGACAAAAGAAUCGGAUAAUAUAUUAAUCAUUGGAUCAAAGAGUGGUGUAAUUACUUUCUACUGUCUAGAGUCACAAAGUAUAGUUGGGGAAACUAAAGUUUCUGGAGAAAUAUCUGAAUUACAAAUAUGUUUUGAUGAUUCUUUAGAUCUACUUACACUUUUGAUUUCUAGUAGUAAAACCCAGCAAUGGAAGUUAGUCCUGGAGCACCGAUCAGUAGGCUACAACUGGCUGCAGCAAACAAGAUCACAAACAGACAACAAGAGAGAUGGUUUCAUGUCCUAUAUAAAACAACUCUCUAAAGACAAAAUUACCCUUUUUGCACAAGGAUCAAAAGAUGACAACAAGUGCACUGUGGAAUAUAUGCUAAAACCAAUUGACUAUCUGCCAAUGUUCAGAAAAGGCUCAAAUAACUGGGCUUUGACUUCUCAGUAUGUGAAUGGACGACAUUUUCUUACUGCUUUUGAGUUAAAUGAGGGUACUUUAAUACUUGAAAGCCCGGAUGAAGACACUCCCUCUCGAACUCUAAGGCCUCGGAUAAAGAAAGAUGGACUUUAUAUCCAAGGUCUGUGGUCACAGAGACUUGUGUAUUUAUUGAGGAAAAAUGAGUUGGAAGUGCAUAGUGCAAGUUUUUCUGUUAUACAGGGCGAUGGUCUUCUUGGCGCUAAGAGAGAGUUCUCAGAACUGUGGUCCGCGGAGCUCAUAGGCGAGGUCCGGCGAGCGUACGUAAUGUCUACCAAGGAGCCUCCAGCCCUGGCCGGCGGAUGGCGCGAACCUACCUUCCUGUGUGACCUGCAACUGCCACGGUUUAACCUCGAGUCUUGUCUUAUUGUUACAUCCCAUGGGGCUUAUGUUUUGAAUACUGUCUGCGAACCGUGUGAAUGGCUGGUGGGCCUGAUAAUGCGCGGUGGCGUGGGUGCGGAGCAAUCGGCCGCAGCGCUGGGCGCGCCUGUGCCCACCCUGCUACGCGCCGCCGCCGAUAUGCUGAUGUCACGCGGCAAGAUCGCGCCGGCCCAGUACCUCUACUCUUUAUCGCAGAGUCAACCAGACGGCUGGGUUGCGCGUCUGGGCGUAUUCGGGAGACUCCAUGAACUGUCAAUGUAUAAACAAACAGGAAACAUAGGCAGUCUCGGCAAUGCAGCUAUUACUAUCAAACUGUUGGCAACUUUACUCAAAAUGGGCACCAAUAGCGAAGAGAAGUUUGAUAUGGACGUAAAGUUCACGACAAUGUCGUCGGUGGAACUGUCAGAGUUGUCUUCGAUAUCAGCAGCUAUUGGACUUUGGGAUGUAUUGCCUGUGUUCAGCACACACCGUGGUCACCCCAGUUUACUGCUAUCGGCAAUAAAGUCUCGCAAAGAGAUCUGCCGGGGUGCCGUGAGCUGCCUAUUGACGCAAAGUUGUCUUAUACCGCUGUUGCUGGAGGAAAACGCUCAGUGGUUGUUCCAUUUCGUUACUGGAAAUUGUGGGAAAUUUGAUACGACUGUUUUAAAGAAUUUGUGUAUAUGGAUGAAUCCUCUACAAGAUCAGUUACGGCCUGUGAUGCGCGAUUUGAAACAGGGAAUGACGACACUCUAUACGACACGAAUGCUCAACCUUAUAACGACAUUCAUACACGUAGCAAGUGAAAUAGAAGCGAGAGAGCCAUGUCCAGAAAUACAUCUGAAUAUAACGCAAACAGCUGAAACUUGGAAGAGCCAGUUUGUACCGAAAAGGGCUCUGAGUUGUGGUCUCGCGCAUUGGGCAGUAGUCGACGACGGAAAUGCCAAGAUAAUAAUGACGGACACACCGGUCAAUACUGAAGUUAUAGGCAGAGUCACAGACGUGGCCUGCGGAAGACAUCACACUUUGGUUUUGACGGAAAAUGGAAUAUACUCAGCGGGCGACAACAGCUACGGUCAGCUGGGUGUGGGCUCAUGCUGGGCGGGCGCUAUAGGGGACGCGGCGAAGGCGUCAGGCGCGUUGAUGUACGUGGCGGCCGCGUGGACCGCGCCGCUCGUGGCCGUGGCUGCCGGACACUACCACAGCGCGGCGCUCGACGCCGGCGGACGACUCUACACGUGGGGUUGGGGCGUUCACGGUCAACUCGGUCUUGGAAGCAUCGACGACCAGUGGUCCCCGCAGUUGGUCACCAAGUUUCAAGGCAGAAAAGUGUUAAGCGUGGGUUGCGGCGCCUGUCAUACUGUGGUACUAAUGAAGAACGGGGAGGUGUGGGCUUGUGGCGCCGGGGUGUUUGGACAACUCGGCGUCGGCACGCGGGAGAAGAGUUCGGUGCCCGUACGAGUCGCUCUACCCGACCCUAUUGAUAUGAUUGCCGUUGGAUAUUUUCAUAAUCUGGCGCUGUCCAGCAAGGCGCAGGUGUGGUGCUGGGGCGCCAGCCCGCAGCAGGUGCGCGCGGCGCACGCGCGGCGCGGCGAGCCGCCCGCGCCGCACGCCGCGCCCGACCCGCACCUGGCGCCGCACACCCUCGACACACACAACGUGCGCGGCACCAUCCUGCAGUUAGCAGCCGGUUGGCAUCACUCCUGCAUUGUUAGCAAUCUGGGUAUCUUAUACUCUUGGGGAUUAAACUUCGAUGGACAGCUCGGAAGUGGCGAUAGAAAACAGAUACACAUACCGACAGAGGUACGUCUGCGCAACAAUUCUCAGCCGGACAACGAUAAAAGCGCAAAGACGCCAGACAAAGAGAUCGAGAGUAUGAAGACGCGAGCGCUGGUCGCUUGUGGCGGCGACUUUACCGUUUUCAUAGACGACGAAGGACGGGUUUAUACCACUGGGAACAUGCAUCUACCCGUUGCGAACGAAAAGGAAAAGGCCAACAAUCGUAUCAUAAUGAUGAAAACUACUAAACGUGUCAUCAAAAUACCGGCCAGUAGGAACAACAACAAGUUCCUAUUCCAGCCUAUUGAUAGAGUUGAAAUAAUGUUCCCAUUCGACAUAGAGGGCUUUGAACGAAAGCCCAUUGAACCUCGCCUUAAUCCUCUGAACUCUCUAGAGGACUUUGACAAGAAGAGCUGGGCCGAUGAUAUGAUUCUUCUGCUUAAGCCCUGGAUAAACGACGAUAAUCUUUCCGCGAAUCGCAAUAUGGCAGCCAAACUCGCGUACCACAACAAACAACACGCUGAAUGCCUGAAACUACUCCUUGACAAUUUGAAAACCGGACCUGAAGACGAGCAGCUUUAUCUUCGACACACUGAAGUAGCAGACUGUGAAGAAAUAGGCAAAAACAAGAGUUACACCUCGAAGAAGGAUGAACUGAAGAUUGUUAUAACGAAUAUUAUGUCCAAGAGAAUCAAAGACGUGUCUUUGUCUAUUCUGAAUGAGGAGCCAUACCCUGUGAUCGAUUCGGCGACGUAUGGAACACUACCUUGUUGUUGUAACGAACUCGAGUACUUGCCUAAUACUUCUCUAAAGUCUGUGACAAACAUAACUGAGUGUAACCUUUCUCUAAAGGCAGCGAAUUUGAUUGAUAAAUGCAUCAGCAUCUUUCCAGUAGACACAGAAUUGUGGGAGAUAUGUUUCCGUCUGUCCAAGAACUUUUACUUGGAAAACAAUUUGUCUGUUUUAGAACUGGAAACAGUACUACGUAAAUACAUGGAGUCGAACGCGACGACUAUGGCCGGGGCGAUCAUGUUUUCUAACGACUGCGCGCAGUACAGUGAAAUACUUUCGCCGAAAUUUUACCUGAAUAUGUGCAGUCAGGUGAUGGAUACUUGGGGUUGAAAAAGUUAGUCUUUAAAGGGAUGUAAGAACAUUGAGAUUGGCUUAGGAUUUUCAAAGUAGUGGCCCCUAAUGCCCUAAAUUCAUCCCAGCCGUUGAGUAGGAGACCCUAAGAAAAUUAGUGACUGAUUGAGAUCUUAUCUCUGAAAAUUGGAAAGAACUUACAUGAACAUGAUCAAUAACUAGAUGACUGGGUCAAUAAUUAUAAAAUGAUAAUCUAGAAAUUAAUAAAUCAGUGAACUUUUUCUUUUGGAAUGAUUUAAGAGUUCUAUAACAGAGCAUGACUUUUGGCUACGUUUAUUGAUGACGUCAUAAGUGCGUAUCUCUGGACA